AUGAGUGAUCCAGCUCAUGUUCUUAUCACCGGCGCUGCAGGACAAAUCGGCUAUAUCCUUUCACAUUGGAUUGCUGGAGGCGAAUUAUACGGUGACCGUCCAGUUGUUUUACAUCUCUUCGAUAUUCCACCAGCCAUGAACAGACUUACAGCUCUUACAAUGGAAUUAGAGGACUGCGCAUUCCCACACCUCGCAGGUUACGUUGCUACAACUGAACCAGAAGCUGCAUUCAAGGAUAUUGACUGCGCUUUCUUAGUUGCAUCAAUGCCACUCAAACCAGGUCAAGUUCGUGCUGACCUCAUCAGCUCAAACAGUGUUAUCUUCAAGAACACUGGUGAAUACCUCUCAAAGUGGGCUAAACCAACAGUUAAAGUUCUCGUUAUAGGUAACCCAGAUAACACAAACUGCGAAAUCGCAAUGCUACAUGCAAAGAACCUCAAGCCAGAAAACUUCUCAUUUCUCAGCAUGCUCGAUCAUAACCGCGCUUACUACGAAGUUGCCUCCAAAUUAGGAGUUCACGUUCAUGAUGUCCAUGAUAUCAUCGUUUGGGGUAAUCAUGGUGAAUCAAUGGUUGCUGACCUUACACAAGCUACUUUCACAAAGGAUGGAAAGACUCAGAAAGUUGUCGAUGUUCUUGAUCACGAUUACGUUUUCGGUACUUUCUUCAAGAAGAUCGGACAUCGUGCUUGGGAUAUUCUCGAGCACCGUGGUUUCACAAGUGCUGCUUCUCCAACAAAGGCUGCAAUUCAGCACAUGAAAGCUUGGCUUUUCGGCACAGCUCCAGGAGAAGUCCUCUCAAUGGGUAUCCCAGUUCCAGAGGAUAACCCAUACGGUAUCAAACCAGGCGUUGUCUUCUCAUUCCCUUGCAACGUUGACAAGGAAGGAAAAAUCCAUGUUGUAGAUGGAUUCAAAGUCAACGAUUGGCUCCGCGAGAAGCUCGAUUUCACAAUGAACGAUCUCUUCCACGAAAAAGAAAUCGCUCUUGAACACCUUGCUCAGUAA